GGAAUACGAAGAACAGAAAACAAACGAGGCCAUUUUUGUAAAGGAUCUGGAUAAAUUUGACAUGAUUCUCCAAGCAUUUGAAUAUGAAACUGAUCAGAAAAGAGUAGGAUCCCUAGAGGAAUUCUUCAAGACAACAGAAGGUGCUUUCUCUCACCCAAAGGUGAAGCGCUGGGUUGAAGAACUCUAUAAACAGAGAGCAGAAUCAUUAAAUGCCUCAACAGCAGAGAGUGACAAAUGAAUUUGUUAUAAGCCUGCAACCUAGAGAGACAAUAAUAUGGUUGACCUGCAGCUAAUUAAACCACAGGAAACUGACUUGUGUUAUGUAAAUGGCUUUUAGGUCAAGCAAGAAAAAGUUUACCAUCUUCCAGUGGUUAUUAUCAUGGAAUGAAUGUCUUAUUGAUAAUUGCUUAUAUAUAAGGUGCAAGCUGAAGUUAGAGUGUAGCAGCUACUCCUGAAAAUGUGCAUUAAAAUUCAUAUUAAAAUCAGGCUUUUAUUAGCAAGCAGAUAUGAAUGGUAAAAACAACUAAAGAUUGCUUUUUGUAUGUUGUAAGCAUUUGUAAGCAGAAAGACACUGAAAACAAUAGCUGCCUAUUGUUAUUGUUAAAUAUCUUUGUGCAAUCAAGGCGCUGACUUUUUAUCUCUUUCAUUAAUUUAUCAAGUAUUCUACCUCCUUUUCUUUUUAUGAAAAUAUCAAAAGUAAAUUUAUGCCUGUCUAGGAAGAAGUGAUUGUUAAUAUUUAUUUCACAAAAAAACAAAAAACAAAAAAAUGUUGUGAAAUAUGUGAUAUGUUUUCAUGUCUGUGAUAGUGGCUUCUCACAAAGUUGAAUUUGUUGGAAUACAAUUGGGUCAUUUUAAAUUAAUCUUCAGAUAAUUAAAAAAAUAUAAUCCCUUUAAAAAAAAUUAAAAAUAAAAAGCAAAAGUAGAAAGAUACCAUGCUUGUAACAAAAUAUAUAAUUUUGUCCUCAUCCAACAGUUAUUGGGUAUUAUAAAACUUCCUUUGUUAUAAACCCUGCUUGUAAUUUUCUCUUGAUGAAACAUUUCUGUUUUUCAAGCAAAAGAUGGGAUCCUCUGUGUUUACCAUUUCAUAAUGUAUAAUUAAAGGUAGUACAUUUGGUUGUUGCCUUAGAAUGACACAACUUAGGUUGAUCAUCACUGCCUUAAUGUCUGCUAUAAGAAUAUUUGCCAUCUUCAUUCAGGUUUUCUUGGUAAGCAGCUAGCAUUAGAGCAUUACUUAUUUGAGACUAAAGUCCAAGUAUUUCCUGAAUUAUUAUUUUUCUUUCUAAAUCAUGUUAUUUUUUCAUUCUUGUUAGACUGAUAAGACACCUCAUUUUUGUUUGGGACCACUAGAUGACAUUGCGUUCUUCAUAUGCAGUUGAUCAUCCUUUCAAAUAUAGCCUUCUCCUUAAUAAUUUUACUUAUUUACUAAUAGAAGUAGUGCUAUUUGUACUAGUAUGCUUAUAACUUCAUUACAAAUUCUAUAUUCAAGAUGUUUAGUUGCAAAGAAAAGUAUAAAAACAGAAGGCAGUCAAUGUUAGAAUAAGAGCACACAAUUUAUUUAUGAAUACAUUAGUGUACUUUAAAAUAAAGUGAAUAAAUAACAUUU